UUCGCAUUUCUGCACUUGUACGGUCCAUAUAUAAGAAAUAAAAAGACAGGUACACACAGGCUCAAGAUAGAGAGGACAAGAACCAAGCACCACAUCAAAGAAAACAGAACAAAUUUCAUAACUCGAUCAAGAAAUAUCAGACAUUUGAAUUGUGUUUAUUGCUCCACCUUGAACUAGCUCAAAGCGCAUGCCAUUCAGUAAAGGCCGGGAUACAAGGCAGUUAAACCAUGCAGACCCCCAAGACAAGAACUAGCUCCUAUGGCGUGCCCCAUAGAGUCUGCCCUCGCGUUGCACCUCUGCUCAAGCCUCCUGCAUUAGAUAUUAACUCUGCACUUUCAUUGAGUCAAGCUAAGAAGACAUCAAACGAUAGAAGCCCCAAAGUCAUUGAGCGAAAAUCACCAAGAAGUCUUGUCCCAGAGAGGAAACGCCCUAGCAGAAUAUCUGAAUUGGAAUCUCAGAUUUCUCAACUGAAAGGGGAUUUGAAGAAGGUGAAGGACCAGCUCAAUUUUUCUGAGUUGUCCAAGAAGCAAGCUCAGCAAGAUGCUAAGGAGUCCAAGGAACAAAUGCUAUCCCUAUCAGUGAAACUUGAAGAUUCUCAACAGCAACUUCUGAAGCUCUCAGAUAACUCUACUUUGCUGAUCUCUGCCAUAAGUGAAAUUCAGCAGCUUAAGGUUCAGCUUGAAUUGAUUGCUAAUUGCGAGAACGCACAUACCCAAAUUGCGGAAUCAUCAGAGGUGGAACUACUAAACUUGAAGCAUAACUUGGCAGAAUCUCUUUCUCUUGUGAAGAACAUGAGUUCCCAAAUCACUGAGGACCCAAAACUGGUCAAUGAAACUUUGAGGAGACUUGAAGCUGCAAAAAGAACUGUAGAGUCCCUAAGAGCUGAUGCUGCAAAAGCUGUUCAUGGCUACAACUCUGCUGCUUUGGAGUUAGAGCAGUCUAGAGCACGGUUGAAUUUGCUCGAGACACUUGUAACCAAAUUUGACUCAGGCCUUAUCAGUAACAAUUGCAACAAUUCUAGAAAUUUUGCAGAUAAUGCUAACUUGGAGCAGGAAGAUGAAAGAUUGAAAAAUAUAGAGGAUCCAAAUGACAUUGAACCAGAAGUUUCAUUUCUGAGGUAUGAGGUUGGACGAUUGAGGUGUGGCGUAGAGUCUGCUCAGACUAAAUUGCUGGAAGAACAGAUUCAGAACAUAGUGAAGAUGAAGAAUGCUCAUGAGUCGAUCGAGCGGAUAAAAUCAGAAUCAAGUCAGAAAGUGUCUGAGCUAGAGGCUGAGCUGAAGAGAAAUGAAGCUGAAAAUGAAGAGUUGAAGGCAAACCUGAUGGAUAAGGAAACCGAGUUGCAGGGUAUUGUGGAGGAGAAUGAGAAGCUGAAUUUGAAGUUUGAAAAGAGCAUUGCAAAACAUAGUAGGUUGAAUGAGUGUGUGGCAGAGCUGAAUAGUGAUCUGAUUAAGAAGGAGAGAGAACUACAAAGUAUAUCUCAAGAUAAUGAAAUGCUGAAGAUGGAAAUCAAUGAGGCUGUGAUGAAACUUGAGCUUGUGACAGCUGAGGCAGAGGGGAGCAAGCAGAAUGCUGAGCGUUUGGCUGAGAAGCUUGAAGUGGUACAAGCAGCUAUGUCUGAAACAGACGCAGAAGUGAGAAGGCUGAGGGUGCAAUCUGAUCAAUGGAGGAAGGCUGCAGAAGCGGCUGCUGCUACAAUUUCAGCAGGGAACAAUGGGAGACUCGCUGAGAGAUCUAUGUCUUUAGACAGCAGAUGCAACCCUCAUAUGAAUAGGUACUCAACUUGUUGUGAAGAAAUAGACGAUGAUUUCCAGAGAAAGAAAAGUGGCAACAUGCUGAAGAAGUUUAAAGAGUUAUGGAAGAAAAAUCAAAAUUAGAUACUGUCAGAUUCAACAGUAUUGUGUUGCUGGAGCUUUUAUGCUUUGUAAUUUUUUCUGCCUGCUACCUUUAUUUUGCUACAUACAUGAUGCCUAGAUAUUGAACUGUUUUGGUCAUUUUGCUGGGAUGGUUGUUAGUUAGUUGUUUAAUGGAUUAUGCUAUCUAGAAAUUCCAAUAAAUUAUAUUUCUUUUGGGUCA